ACAUGCUAAAAGGCAAAAUAAUAAAAAAAAAAAAGAAGGAAUAGUUUUCUUUUUUUUUCUUCUUCUUCUUCUUCUCUCUUUUGUAUUUUGAAUUAAAAAAAAAAUAUUAACAUCGUACAAAACGUCCCCCCUUUUCUUAUUAGAUAAUCGACUUUCACGUACCCUUUCUCACAAGUCUCACGUAACUAAACUCUACAAUACAACGCCGUCCAUGGGUAGCAUCGACUCUUUCCAAAGACAGCAACAUAAUGAAGAAAAGCGAGAUAGCAAGUUCAAGGGCGUAUUGGAUAAGUUUGUUGACCUGAUGUCCGCCAACAACAAUAACUCGCUCGAAAUGCCGAUGGAUAUAUCUGGACCGAUGGAUAUCUCGUCUCCUUAUAAUACAAGACAUGUCACGCAUGUUGGUUUUGAUGCAAAUACAGGUGAGUUUACGGGUCUACCAAGAGAAUGGCAUACACUUUUAAAGUCAAGUGGUAUAACUCAGAUCGAACAGGAGACAAAUCCACAGGCUGUCAUUAAUGCCAUUGAAUUUUAUCAAGAAGCAAGAGAAUUAGAUGAAGCCGUUUGGCAUAAAAUUCCAAAAACACUCACCAAUCGAUCCACCACAGAAUCCAUUCCAGAAACUACCGCACAAAAGGGAAACGCCUUGACAAAUUCAUUGCGUCGAUUAUCCAAAUUAAAGUUUCCCGACUACAGCUCCAAACGUGCCUCUAUGGUCUCUAAUCGUUCUUCCCUUGUACUGGACAAACCCAAGCCAGAAACCACCACCCAACAGCAACAACAACAACAACAACAAGAGACCCCUACGGAAGAAGGAGAUUAUCCGCCCGUUGUUAAACGUAAGGCCAAAGAACCCAAAGCAGCCGAAUUCGAUAUCGUAAAACAGUUGCAGGAUAUUUGCUACAAUAUCGAUCCCAACGAUAUCUACCGUGACAUGGUCAAAAUCGGUCAAGGUGCGUCGGGCGGUGUGUUUAUAGCUUAUCGCAAGACAGGAGACAAAGGCAUGACACCCGUUGCCAUCAAACAAAUGAACCUAGAACAACAACCCAAGAAGGAACUCAUCAUUAAUGAAAUUCUCGUCAUGAAGAAAUCACAAAACAGUAAUAUUGUCAAUUACUUGGAUUCGUAUCUCUGGAAAGGUGAUUUAUGGGUCGUCAUGGAGUAUAUGGAGGGUGGUAGUUUGACCGAUGUCGUCACAUGCAAUAUGAUGAUGGAGGGUCAAAUUGCUGCGGUCUGUAAAGAGGUCUUACAAGGUUUGGAUCAUUUACAUUCCAAUGGUGUGAUUCAUAGAGAUAUCAAGAGCGAUAAUAUCCUGUUGAGCAUGCAAGGUGAUAUUAAACUGACCGACUUUGGGUUCUGUGCGCAGUUAAAUGAGAGUCAAACCAAGCGUACGACGAUGGUAGGUACACCGUAUUGGAUGGCACCUGAAGUAGUGACACGUAAAGAAUAUGGAUCCAAGGUCGAUAUCUGGUCUUUGGGUAUUAUGGCUAUUGAAAUGAUUGAAGGGGAACCACCUUAUUUAAACGAAAACCCGUUACGUGCCUUGUAUUUGAUCGCCACCAAUGGUACACCCACCUUACAAAGCCCCGAAUCCUUAUCUGUGGACUUUAAGGAUUUUUUGGCUAAAUGUUUAUUGGUCGAUCCCGAAUUAAGACCCUCCGCUGCUGACAUGCUACAACAUCCAUUUUUGAAAUUGGCUGAUCCUUUAAGAUCUCUUUCUCCCUUAAUUCGUGCUGCAAGAGAAAGUGCCAAAACCGAAAAUUAAAAAAAAAAAAAAAUAUAUAAAUACCCCCAUUCCCCCUUUUUUUGUACCACACACACUAUACCUUUCCCUCCCUUUUACUAC